AUGACAGAUAUAAAGAAAGACACACGUUCGGCUUACACUAACGAAUUUGAGAUAAAACUUCCAUAUUUGACACAACUUUUGGACGUCUGUCAAGAGAUAAAAGAGGAAACACGGAUUAGGAUGAAGGAGGCAAUGGGAUCGGAGAAGCUUAGCUUUGAUGAUCAAAAAGCAAGGACCUUUCAUAACAAAUUUCGUACUGCUAUUUGUAAACUGCGAGCGUUGAAUCGAGAGGCCUGCCUGGAGCGGCAUGCUGAUAAAACAGCAAUACAAGAGGCAAAGCAAGCAAUGGACAAGAUCCACUUGCAACUACAAUCACAUCGACAUGAGCAGAGUCAUCUGCGUAAGAGGAUUCGAGAAUGCAGAAAUUUCACGACUUUAUAUGAGGAUCUUGAAGUAGUACAGGAGGGAGAUUUGCCUGAAAAAGUUGUAGAGAAUAUUAAGGUCAAGGCACCCGAUGAAGCUGGAAUGCGACAUCAAAAGAUGCUAUCGAGAUUGAAUUUCGAAAAGCAAGAGCGAUUGAGGUUAGAAGAAGAGCGAAAUAACAAACUUAAACGAAAACAAGAGUUAAUCGAGAAACUAGAAGCAAAAAAAGCUCGAAUGCAGCAAGCUGAUAAAGAGAUUAAGAGGAGAUUUAGGGACAUUAAAAGUCUCAAGAAAUUAACAGAGGCUCAUAUUGUUGACGACCUGAAGGAGGCGAUAAAGAAGAAGCUCAAACCAAGGUUGGACGAUGUAGCCACCGCUGACAUUAUCCUCCGAAGAUACGACGAGGAAGCGGAUCUCGAGCCGGAUAGUCUGGUGGAGAAGAACAUUGCUUCUUCUGCGAAGAAGCCGCUGAAAUGCGGUGAUUUGGAUAAUAACCACAUUGAACAUGACAUUCAAACUAAUGGAUUGCCAAGGGAAAGGCCUAUAGAAUCUAAUGAGAGCAGCUUGCCUGAAAAUGGGAGAAAUUUUUAUGACAAGCUAGUUAAACCCUGCACAAUUGGGAACAAGAUACAGUCUGCUACAGACCUUACAACAAGAGGUCUUGUCAACAAACUCAGGACAAUCCUUGGCUAUUGUUUUGCAAAUUAUUUUACUGUAAUCCAAAAUGAUAAGGGAGAGGUGAAUGAGCAAGAGAUUUGGAACUAUAUUAUCCUAUUGAAGUUUGGGACAGAGUUUGCUAAAUCAAUCCAAGGAACAAGUGGUUAUCAGACUGAUGUAGGCUUGAGUAGCCUUGUUGUUGAUAUGCCUUUAAGUAAAAAUCAACUCAUACGUGACAGGGAUAUUUUCUGGGAUGACAACAAAGGAAAUCCACUUUUGAUAAAACAUGAUAAUAUAACAUAUAGCUACAAUCCCCAAAUGGAUUUGUUAGUGCUACAGAACUGUGGCAAUGCAAUAGUCUAUCCUUGCAUCAUUGGUGAAACAAAGUCAGAUAACAGUGAUCGAUACAAGUUAGCUCUGAUAAGUAAGAUUGCUUUAAAGACAGGUGAACAAGUUGUGCCAGACUUGGAACUG